CAUCUGCUUGGGACAAUACAAUAAUCUGGAACUCCUUUAGCUGGAACAGCAUGCCGACACAGCUGGAAGGUGCAAUGGAUACCUUAAUCAAGGUCUUUCACCAUUACUCAGCAAAAGAAGGGGAUAAAUAUAAACUCAAUAAAGGAGAACUCAAACAGCUCCUCACCAGUGAACUUACUGACUUCCUUUCGUGUCAAAAGGAUCCCCAAUUGGUUGAUAAGAUUAUGAAAGAUCUUGAUAGCAAUAAAGACAAUGAGGUGGAUUUUAAUGAAUUUGUGGUCCUGGUUGCUGCAUUGACAGUUGCAUGCAAUGAUUUCUUUGAAGAGCAAAUGAGGAAAAAAGGAGAAUAAAAAUGGCUCAGUCACCCAUUUGGACAGGAUAGAAGACAAUAACUUCAACUGAAACAAGUCUACCUUUUUUAUUUUGUUUUGUUCCUUUAGUAAUAGCAUUUGGUUUUCCCUCUUCUCCACCAACUCAGGCAUAUUUAAGAACAUUCCCAUAUGUUUUUGUAUGCAUCACAAAAAUAGUUCAUUCAUGGGCUGAAUUCCAAACAUCAACCAGUUGGAUGCUAACAGGAUGCCAGCACAGCUCCUGUGCAUAUUGUACCUUUUCCCAAAGGGUGGAAAAAAGGACUCGGAGUCAUAGAGUGACUGCUUAAAAGUUCACCAAUGAGCUGCUGUACUUUGUAGGGCAAUAGGGAUUUUACCUUGUGGUUAAGCACACCUUUCUUCUGAGCGUAUUAAAGAGAGGUUAUCAUUUUGGGACUAACUAAAGGUGAAAGCUACAGCAUUCUGAUAAAGUACAUACACUGUACAACAACGUUUUAAAUUGCUAAUCCAGAACUUCUGGUCAUCUACGUCUAUCUUAAUUCUGAAAUGCCAGAGUAGCCAUAAGGGACAAAAGAACUUUGACAUUUCUUGAAAAGGCACUAGUGCAGCCAGAAGGAUAUGGGAAUGUAAAACCGAACAGCCUGGAAGAGGGAGACAAUGUCAAAGCAAGGGGUCAGGCUGAGCUAGGAACCAUAGGUUGUCUUACAAGCUACCCCUCUGUCUUGUAAAACUGUAAUGCUUCAUGAUACUCUGCCAAUGACUUAAGUAGUAUUCCCCAGUGCUGGUUGUUCUGAAAAAAAGACACAUCAAACAUCUGUGAUUUUUUUGAAACAAGCCAGCUACACUAUUCAUCCAGCUCAACAAGUUCCUUUUUUUAUUUGUCUUGACCUUGCAUUUCUUAAAGCACAUACCUCCAACUGCUUAUUAAAGAUCCAAAGCUUCCCCCUAACUAUUUGUGGCUCUUCCUUUAGAAUUAGUGGAUUUAGUGUCAUUCUGCUGAAUAUCUGUU